AGAAGCCUCUACUGGCUCUUUUGGUCAAAUUACGACCGUUUACAGGGAACAGAACACAUUCCGAACAUGAUUAGAAAGACGCUUGACUCGACGGCAUUUCCGUAUUUCGCCAGUUCUGCAGGGUUGGAUGUAUUCCGUGCUAUUUUUUUUAUUUUCAGCUGAAUUCUCACUUGACUACACUGGCCAACAUCCAUAAGAUCCACCACACGUUGCACAGGCUGAACCUCACGGAAGACGUUGGACAGGAGAGCCACACGUCAGCUUGUUGCUCCAGAGCCAUGCCCCCGAGGAAAAAGAGGAGACCGACUGCCGGAGAUGACAUGUCAGCGAAGAAGAGUCGCCAGGACAGAAAACUUGACUCGCCACUCAUUCGAGAGGAGGAAACCUUUUCCAACAAGAGAUGCUUGGAGUGGUUCUACGAGUAUGCGGGCUGUGAUGACGUGGUGGGACCUGAGGGCAUGGAGAAGUUCUGUGAAGACAUCGGAGUGGAACCGGAGAACGUGGUGAUGCUAGUGCUGGCGUGGAAGCUGGAUGCUCAGAGCAUGGGCUACUUCACGCUGCAGGAGUGGCUGAGGGGCAUGGGCUCGCUGCAGUGCGACUCUACCGAGAGGCUGAGGAACUCGCUGGACUUCCUGCGGUCCGUCCUCAAUGACAGCACCAGCUUUAAGCUCAUAUACAGAUACGCCUUUGACUUUGCCAGGGAGAAGGAUCAGAGGAGUUUGGACUUGAACACAGCCAAGUGCAUGCUGGGGCUUCUGUUGGGAAAGACGUGGCCCCUCUUUCCGGUCUUUAAUCAAUUUCUAGAGCAAUCCAAGUACAAAGUGGUAAAUAAAGACCAGUGGUGCAACGUGUUGGAGUUCAGCCGGACAAUCAACUUGGACCUCAGCAACUAUGACGAGGAUGGAGCCUGGCCUGUCUUGUUGGAUGAGUUUGUGGAAUGGUACAAGGAAAGACAGAUGUCAUAGCUGCAACUGCAGCAAAAAAAAACAAAAAUAAAGCGAAUAUCAAAAUACUGUGACGACCGCAACGACGAGAAUCUACCACGUGACAACAAAACAAAAACAGCCACGGUUGGGGGGGAGGUCAGCUACUCGUGGGUGUACGUUUACCAAAUCCGGUUAAGGCUGGCUGGCGGGCUAGCCACGUUUAGCCCGGCUCCCCUUUACCACUUGGAAAUGAGAGAGUAUUGCGGGUGGGAGAAACCAAUGGGGUCAGUCUUAAAAGUGAGCACAUUUAGAUAAUGGCAGCUUUCUGCUGCCUGUGCUGUUUACUUAAUUAGUGCCAGUCAUUUUAUUUUUUUCUUCCCUUUUUUUGGGUUAUUUUUUUAAGCACCAAACAAAACCGCAUUGCUGCUAAUUCCAUUCUGGCGGGCCAGUGAGCGCCCCCUUCAGCAUUUAUUGGUCCCCUUCCCAGGCCAAUGGAUGCGUCCACUUAGCUGUGCCUCAAACUUUGCCACACAAGUAAAGGACAGAUGUACAUAUGUGUAAAGGUUGGGAGCCUAUUUGUCGUCAUACCCGCUGUCCGUUUUGUCUCCCACGUGUGGCUUGGUCUUCCUUUUUAGUCCGAUAGUUUCAGGUAGCAUCCUCACCCCUCCCUCCCCCCUCAGAGUGUUGGAACGAGCAUUUCUAGCGCCACCUACGGGAACGCGGGACAGGUCAGAACUGUAAUAGUGCUCUGCUGUCGUCCCCCCCCAUACAUUUGUCUUUUUGGCUGUGCUGUGACGCUGACUCGUCCAGAUGAUUUUAAUAUUUGCAUGCAGCUCUCGACAGAGCCCUUUUUUUUUUCUGUACAGGAAUUUGUGCAAAUGUUUUGUGCUUAGAUUAUUUGAUGUUCACCAUCAUGUCGUUAUCGUUUGACUCCCCGAUGGAAACUCAUGAUUGUGUUUAUCGCUGUUAAGACCUGGAAAAAAACACACGUGUAACCUCACGGUGGAAUGAGCGCUCACCCCUGCUUUGACGCCACACAAAAAAAAUAGCGUGUCGUACUCAGUUUAUUUAUUGGCAGUGCAUCCGUCGACUUGCGCACGCACACACACACACACACACACGACACCUCUGGUUUCACUGUAUAUGAACUAAUGACACGUGGUUAUGUAUAGAUUUCAUUCAUGUUCUCGUAUUCUUCUUGUGACAAUGCAGGAUGGUGAACGUGCUUGUCCCAGCUGUAUAUAUGUAUGUAAAACUAAGUGUCUAUAUGUUGGUUUUCACUAUAACCUAUGUCUAUAUACUUAAAUAAAAUGGGUUUAUUAACUUAA